UUCUAGCGAUUGCGGCAGUGAUAACGAGAGAUAAUGCACACAAUACAAGUUUCCUUACAAUUUGCAGCCACUUUAAUUGCGCGUGAUACUCAUAUUUAGUAUGCUGUUGAGUCGUGCCUCUGACGGUUGUUUAAAGGUUCUCAACUAUGGCGACAAGCUUGGACACCUAUGAGCUCGCCCUGCCGCUGGGCCAAAUUAGAGGCGUUAAGCGUCGCACUAUCUAUGAUGACGAAUACUAUAGCUUUGAGCGAUUGCCGUUUGCUAAGCCACCCAUUGGAGAGCUACGUUUCAAGGCCCCCCAACCUGCGGGUGGAUGGCAGGGCGUUCUUGAUUGCACGAACUAUGCUGCGAAGCCAGUUCAGAAAAGUUUUCUAAAUGGUCAGCCCGAAGGCAGUGAGGACUGUUUGUAUUUGAAUGUAUAUGCGAAGCGACUAAAUAGUGAGAAGCCAUUGCCCGUGAUUGUGUACAUUUAUGGCGGUUCUUUCUCAGUGGGUGAAGCAACUCGUGAGUUGUACUCUCCGGACUAUUUCAUGGCUAAAGAUGUGGUGUUGGUUACACUCAAUUAUCGGGUGGACUGCCUAGGUUUUCUGAGCCUUAACGAUCCAAGCGUAGAGAUCCCAGGCAAUGCAGGUCUUAAAGAUCAAGUGCUGGCCCUUAAAUGGGUUAAGCAAUAUGUAGAGCACUUCAAUGGCGAUACCAACAACAUAACGGUCUGCGGAGAGAGUGCUGGAGGGUGUAGCACUCACUAUAUGAUGUGCACGGAGCAGACUCGCGGCCUGUUCCAUAAGGCCAUUCCAAUGUCGGGCACGGUGCUUAACUAUUGGGCUAAUACUCCACCAGCUGAUUUCGCCUAUCGCUUGGCCAAGCUGUAUGGCUACAAUGGGGAGAACGUCGACAAACAAGUGCUGGCCCAUUUGCGUAGCUUAGAGGCAUAUCAACUGGUCAACCAUAACCUUCUUACUGAAGAAGAUCGACGACUGGGACUUAUAUGUGCUUUCGGAGCUACCGUGGAGUCGUAUGUCGGACCGGACUGCGUUGUUCCUGGUCCACAGCUUGAAAUGGUACGCAGUGCCUGGUCUAAUGACUUGCCUGUGAUGCUGGGAGGCACCUCGUUCGAGGGCCUCUUCAUAUAUCCUGAACUUAAGGCCAAUACAAAAGCCACGGACCAUCUUUUUGACGAUCCUGUGCGUGUGGUUCCUCAUGAUGUAAGCGUUCAAAACACUCAGGAAGAGAAUUUGAAAUAUAGCGAGCGUAUGAUUCGGGCGUACUUCGGAAAUGAGAAACCGAGCUCAGCCUUGCUGUUCAACUUUCUCGAUUACUACUCCUAUAAAAUUUUCUGGCAUGGCAUCUAUCGCAGUCUGCUCGCUCGAUUAAAAUACGCCCGCGCUCCGACCUAUUUCUAUCGCUUCGAUUUCGACUCACCAGAUUUUAAUUUUUAUAGAAAGUUAUUCUGCGGAGACGACAUUACAAAGGGUGUGGCCCAUGCUGACGAUCUGCCCUAUUUGUUUUUCAACUUACAAGCCUGGAAACUGGACAAGUCAUCCGCAGAGUAUAAAACCAUACAGCGCAUGGUGGGCAUGUGGACUGCCUUUGCGACCAGUUCUAAUCCGAAUUGCGAAGAAAUCGCUCCCAUUAAUUGGAAACCUUCGAAAGCAGGGAAACCACAGGAAGUGCUCAACAUAAGUCAUGACGUAAGCAUAAUAGAUCUUCCCGAAUUCGAGAAGCUCAAGCUGUGGAACAGCCUCUAUAAAGAGGAGGAAUUGUAUAUUGUCCAAAUAUUGCCCACCCACCAGAUAAGCCUCAGUAAUCUUAACUGUUACAGCUUAUCAGCUGUCCGGCUGUGGUCCGAGGGUUCUUUUUCCAACAUGUCGGAACAGUUAUUUUUUGACUUUCGCAGCAAUUCAAUGACCGCGGACUACAGUGAGACAUCGCCGGUGGUGAAGACCACACACGGCCGUAUUCGCGGAAUCCUGUUGCAAUCGCUCUACGAUGAGCCUUUCUACGCUUUCGAUGGCGUGCCGUAUGCGGCACCACCCGUGGGGGCACUCCGUUUUAAAGCCCCUUACGACAUUCGACCCUGGUACGGCAUACGCGACUGCUCGCAGCCUCAAGACAAGUGUCUUCAGGUUAGCAGCUAUACUAAGCAGGUGGAGGGCAGCGAGGACUGCCUUUAUCUGAAUAUUUCGGUGAAGACGUUGCACAGCGAGAAGCCAUUGCCCAUUAUGGUCUAUCUGCAUGGCGGAGGCUACAAGGGAGGCGAUCCAUCCAGACGUGCCUGGGGGCCGGACUAUUUUAUGCAGCAACAGGUCAUAUUUGUGAGCAUAGGCCAUCGCUUGGGACCUUUUGGAUUUUUGAGUUUUGCUGAUCCUUCGCUGGAGGUGCCGGGAAAUGCAGGACUUAAGGACAUUGUGCUGGGUCUUCAAUGGAUUAAGGCCAACGCAAGUAACUUUAAUGGCGAUCCCCACAAUAUUACACUGUUUGGACAUAGUUCGGGGGCUGGAACGGCACACCUUCUUAUGCAAAGUCCACGGACAGAGCUGCUUUUCAAUAAGGCUAUCCUUAUGGCUGGCUUUAUGACAGAGACGAAUCGCUUACCGAACAUGGAGUAUCGUUUGGCCAAACAUCUGGGAUACGAGGGCGAAAACAACGAUGUGGAUGUGUACAAUUUCAUCAAACAGGCAGAUCCAAAAUUGGUAGCUUCUGCAGAGUUCUGGACGCCCGAGGAACGGGCACAAGGCUUAUUGCUGGCUUUCACGCCCUGUGUAGAGCCCUACAAUACGCCUUCUGCCGUACUGCUGGCCGAGCCCAUCGAAUUGCAGCGCUCCGCCUGGAGCAACAAUAUACCGCUUAUCUUGGGUACAACAAGCUCUGAGGGCCUUUAUGUGCACAAAUGGCUUAAAGAUAACCCUGCGAUGCUGAACAAUUUCCGAAAAUAUCCGGAACAACUGCUCCCCCGCACGCUUCAAAAGCGCUGCGAUGUGGGCCAGAAACGUGAAUUGGGCAAAUCGUUGUUGCAAUACUUUCUGGCCGGUCAAGAGCUAAGUUUGGAGAGUGUCGAUCGUUUGGUGGACCUCUAUUCGUAUUCCAUGCUGCACUCCCAACAAAGAGUAGUCCACGCCCGUGGGGCCUACGGUCGGGCCCCCACCUAUCUGUAUCGCUUUGACUUCGACUCGCCCGACUUUAAUUUCUAUCGCGUACGCUUCCAUGGACCCGAAAUGCGCGGCGUCGGACAUGUGGACGAGUUGGGCUAUAUUUUCGUAAUACCCGCCACCUUUAAACUCGAUGCAACAAGGCCCGAAUACGCCACUAUCCUUCGCAUGGUUGCCAUGUUUACCGAAUUUGCUCUCAAAUCCGAUCCGAAUGCCCCACUCACGCAAUCUCUGGUGGAUUGGAAGCCCAUUGCUCGCUUUGGGCAGCGCCAUUGCCUCAACAUCAGUCAUGAACUGCAACUUAUUGCACAGCCAGAGCCACAGAAAUUAAAGUUUUUCGAUCAGCUCUUGGACACCUAUGAGCUCGCCCUGCCGCUGGGCCAAAUUAGAGGCGUUAAGCGUCUCACUAUCUACGACGACGAUUACUAUAGCUUUGAGCGAUUGCCGUUUGCUAAGCCACCCAUUGGAGAGCUACGUUUCAAGGCCCCCCAACCUGCGGGUGGAUGGCAGGGCGUUCUUGAUUGCACGAACUAUGCUGCGAAGCCAGUUCAGAAGGGUCUUCUAACUGGUAAGAUUGAAGGCAGUGAGGACUGUUUGUAUUUGAAUGUAUAUGCGAAGCGACUAAAUAGUGAGAAGCCAUUGCCCGUGAUUGUGUACAUUUAUGGCGGUGCUUUCUCAGUGGGUGAAGCAACUCGUGAGUUGUACUCUCCGGACUAUUUCAUGGCAAAAGAUGUGGUGUUGGUUACACUCAAUUAUCGGGUGGACUGCCUAGGUUUUCUGAGCCUUAACGAUCCAAGCGUAGAGAUCCCUGGCAAUGCAGGUCUUAAAGAUCAAGUGCUGGCCCUCAAAUGGGUUAAGCAAUAUAUAGAGCACUUUAAUGGCGAUACCAACAACAUAACGGUCUGCGGAGAGAGUGCUGGAGGGUGUAGCACUCACUAUAUGAUGUGCACGGAGCAGACUCGCGGCCUGUUCCAUAAGGCCAUUCCAAUGUCGGGCACGGUGCUUAACUAUUGGGCUAAUACUCCACCAGCUGAUUUCGCCUAUCGCUUGGCCAAGCUGUAUGGCUACAAUGGGGAGAACGUCGACAAACAAGUGCUGGACCAUUUGCGUAGUUUGGAGGCACAUAAGCUGGUCAACCAUAGCCUUUUAACUGCGGAAGAUCGACGUAACGGACUUAUAUAUGCUUUCGGACCCACCGUAGAGUCGUAUGUCGGACCGGACUGCGUUGUUCCUGGUUCACAGCUUGAAAUGGCACGCAGUGCCUGGUCUAAUGACUUGCCGGUGAUGCUGGGAGGCACCUCGUUUGAGGGCCUUUUCAUGUAUCCCGGUCUCAAGGCUAAUACAAAAGCAAUGGACAAUCUUUUGGAUGAUCCUGUGCGUGUGGUCCCUCAUGAUGUGAGGGUUCAACACACCCAGGAAGAGAAUUUGAAAUAUAGCGAGCGUAUGAUUCGGGCGUACUUCGGAAAUGAGAAACCCAGCUCAGCCUUGCUGUUCAACUUUCUCGAUUUCUACUCCUAUAAAAUUUUCUGGCAUGGCAUCUAUCGCAGUCUGCUCGCUCGAUUAAAAUACGCCCGCGCUCCGACCUAUUUCUAUCGCUUCGAUUUCGACUCACCAGAUUUCAAUUUUUAUAGAAAGAAAUACUGCGGAGAGGACAUUACAAAGGGUGUGGCCCAUGCUGACGAUCUGCCCUAUUUGUUUUUCAACUUACAAGCCUGGAAAUUGGACAAGUCAUCCGCAGAGUAUAAAACCAUACAGCGCAUGGUGGGCAUGUGGACUGCCUUUGCGACCAGUUCUAAUCCGAAUUGCGAAGAAAUCGCUCCCAUUAAUUGGAAACCUUCGAAAGCAGGGAAACCACAGGAAGUGCUCAACAUAAGUCAUGACGUAAGCAUAAUAGAUCUUCCCGAAUUCGAGAAGCUCAAGGUGUGGGACAGCCUAUAUAAGCAGGAGGAGUUGUAUUGAAGACUAUCUAUGUAUCGUGAAAGCCAUUACAUAAAUAUUACGUUCUGAAAUCUA